AAGACGGAGGAGAGAUGCCGAUGAUGCGGGAAGGACUCGCUAACAUCCGUGAAGCUGGCAGCGUGCUGGUCGAGAAAUUCUCCGGUUCCUUCCUGACGUGCGUCGAGCGUAGCAACAAGAGUGCAUCCCGCCUGCUCCGCCUGAUCGUGGACAACUUCCCGUCGUACAGAGACGAAACCACGUACGACUGUACGAGGGACGCAGAGUGGCACUAUGGAAGCGAGCUCAGAUCCUGGUAGCAGACAUCUGGGCGUGUUGUGAGGGCAAAGGUCACGGCGAAUUCCACGACAUAGACA